CGGACAAGGUGGCGGCUGACUGAUUUGCUAGCUGUUGUGACUUUGAGUCAAAAGUCAGAGCUGCGUUCCCGAUCGCUGCCUUCUCCCCUCCCUCCAUUUUCAUAAAACCUCGCUCUUUUCCUUUGACCUUUUCCGCAGCUUUCGACAACUUGAAUAGUACUGCAAUGGAGAACGUCAUAGAACUCAUUAACAAGGUCCAAGAUGUGUUUUCCACCAUUGGCGGGAACGACAGCCUAGACUUGCCGCAAAUCAUAUCCGUCGGCUCUCAAUCAUCUGGCAAAUCGUCUGUAAUUGAAAACAUUGUGCAGCGCGAUUUCUUGCCAAGAGGAAGUGGUGUUGUCACCCGAAGACCUCUUGUGUUGCAGUUAGUUACCUUGAACGGCCCUGAAGUUCAGGAAUAUGCAGAGUUUCUGCACAUUCCUAACAAGAAGUUUUACGACUUUUCUGAAGUUCGGAAAGAGAUUGAGGAUGAUACAGCUCGUAUUGCUGGUACGAACAAGGGUAUCUCUCGUCAACCUAUCCAUCUCAAGAUAUAUUCUCCCAAGGUUCUCAAUCUGACUAUGGUUGAUUUGCCUGGAUUAACAAAGAUCCCAAUAGGUGACCAACCCACUGACAUAGAGAAGCAGACUAGAAAUUUGAUUGUCGAUUACAUAUCUAAACCCAACAGUAUCAUCCUGGCUGUUACUCCUGCUAAUGCAGACUUGGUGAACUCCGACAGUCUGAAGUUGGCCCGUCAAGUCGAUCCGGAAGGAAAGCGAACCAUUGGCGUAUUGACCAAGUUGGAUUUGAUGGACGCUGGAACAAACGCUCUGGAUACUUUGACUGGAAGAGCGUAUCCGUUGAAACUUGGUUUUAUUGGUUUGGUUAACCGUAGUCAGCAGGAUAUCCUAACCAACAAGCCUAUGACGGAUGCUAUCCAGUCCGAGAGGGAUUUCUUCCUCAACCACCCAUCCUACCGAUCAAUAGCUCAUAGAUGCGGUACUGCGUAUCUUUCUAAGCAAUUGAACACCAUAUUAAUGAACCAUAUCCGCGAAAAACUCCCUGAUAUUCGAUCGAAACUUAGCAGUAUGAUUGGGCAAACACAGCACGAGUUGGCUCAGUAUGGUGAUAUGGGAUUGACGGGCAAGAUGCAUAGGGGUUCGUUGAUUUUACAACUGCUGACCAAGUUUGCCAAUGACUUUGUUGCUUCCAUUGAUGGUACCCUGUCGGAUAUUUCCACUAAGGAGCUGUGUGGUGGUGCUCGAAUCUAUUUUAUUUUCAAUAACGUGUUUGGCCAAGCUCUAGAGUCCAUCGCUCCGUGUGCUAAUUUGUCAGACCACGACAUACGAACCGCCAUUCGCAAUUCCACUGGUCCUAGACCAUCCUUGUUUGUUCCUGAAAUUGCAUUUGAUCUGCUCGUCAAGCCUCAAAUCUCAUUGUUAGAAACGCCUAGUCUCAGAUGUGUUGAGCUGGUUUAUGAGGAACUGAUGCGAAUAUGCCAUAACUGUGGCAGUAAGGAAAUUCAACGGUUUCCUCGACUCUAUGCUCGCCUCGUUGAGGUGGUCUCGGAUCUUCUUCAGGAGCGACUUGGACCAACGUCAUCUUAUGUGGAAAGCUUGAUCGCCAUUGAGAGAGCUUACAUCAAUACCAACCAUGCGGAUUUCCUUGGGGCUGCAGGAGCCAUGGCACAAUUGGAAAGUCAAACCAAGAAGCAUAGGGCACUGGAACGAAAGAGAGCUGCCAAAGUAGCUCAGAUGAACGGACGCGUCGAACAUGUCGACGCAAUUCAAAUGCCACAGCAGCAGCAACAUCAAACUAGUGCUCUUGGUGGAUCUCCCAAGAACGAUUCUUUCUUGAAUUACUUCUUUGGCGGUGCCAAUAAGAACGACCGCCCAGCUCUUGGAGCCAUGGAUGGCCCACAUAACUCUGUAUCUGUUUCUCCACCUUCCAUUAGUAAGGUUGUGGAAGCCGAGAUGGAGAGACAGCUAGGCGAGAAACUAUCCAUCAAAGAUCAACAACAACCACCGUCUCAAAGUCUGGACAGGGACGAGCUUGAAGUUCGAUUGAUUCGUUCUUUGAUUACAUCGUAUUUUGAAAUUACUCGCCAAACCAUUCACGAUCUUGUUCCCAAAGCAAUCAUGCAUCUACUUGUCAAUAACUCACGUGAAUCUGUGCAAAACCGACUGGUCGCUGCAUUGUACAAGGAAGAUCUGUUUGGAGAACUUUUACACGAAGAUGAAAACCUUGCCCAAGAACGUGACAAGUGCAACGCUAUGUUAGAUUUGUACAAAAAAGCGUUCACUAUAAUCAAUGAUGCUAUGUAAAACAAUGUAACCGUCGACCUCCAUUUUAACAAAAAGUAGACUGAAUACCAUAUAAAGAAAAGAAAUGCAAACAUAGAUAUUU